GUGGCAGCAAACCCAACUCAUUUCCUUAUUUCCAGUUUUUUAAAGGCCGCGCUCCCUUUUUCUGUUGGUUUGUUAUACUCCAGAUGGGUGCCUUAUAGGAGAGCGGACGCAGCCGGCAGAGAUCUCCCAUUGGGAGCGCUGUGCGGGGCGGAGUUAGGCCGCUGCUGGGCUCUCUCCUUAGGCCGGGCCGGGCUUUUGCCUUGCAGGUUGGCUGAUGAUUCCCGGGGGUCGGACGCUGCAUUUUAGCAGGCGAGAGCUAGAGGGGAGCAGAGCAAGGUAGGUGGGCGGGUGGUGAGAGAGCUGCAGGCGACGUGGGUGGAGAUGGGGCAGCUGAAAAGCCAUGGGAGAAACCCCGGGAGGUCCGAAGCGUGGUCUGCUUAGGAGGUUUUGCUUUUCCAAUUUAAACAGCGCGGUGGCAGUGUGGCCUAGUGGUUAGAGCGCUGGGGAAAGGUUCGGAAAAGAUCAAGGGGAUGGAGGAGCGACUCCCCUAACAAGGAAACGCUGCAACGUUCGGGGUUUUUUAGUGCAGAGAAAAGGUGACAUGAAAGAAUGGGCAUUUAAAAUGGUUAAUGCCAUGGAGAAAAGUUUUUCUCCCUCUCGCACAGCUCUAGAAAUCGUGGGCGUCCAGAGAAACCGUGUUUGAAGAUUCAGGUCCAGCUUUCGAGGCACAGGCACCUGGCUGGUCACGGUUUGGAGCCAUCACAGUCUUUCAGCCUCACUUACCUCGCAGGACUGUUGUGAGGUUAAAAUGGAGGGAGGGAGGAAGCAUGUUUUGUCACCUUGUGCCCCUUGGAGGAAGGUGGGGUCCAAAAGUACUAAAAAUUAAUAAAACAGUUAACUGUGGUGCAGGGAGAGAGAGGCUUUCCUUAGGGAUACACAUUGUGUGGUUUUUUACUCCAGUGAAGCAAUAUCUCUGUAGAAAAACUAUAGACUGCAAAUGCACCAUGCAUUUAAAGUAUAUCCCCCCCCAAAAAAAAUAGAAUCAUGGGAACUGUAGUUUACCCCUCACAGAGCUACAAUUUCUUUAACUACAUUUCCCACCAUUUUUUUGAGGGAAAUAAAUAGGCACUAUGUGUGCUUUAAAUGCAUGGGGUGUACACCUAGAAACUUAUUGUAUUGGACCACAAAUAAACCGAAUGAAUAAUAAUGUUAUCUGAUUGGUAUAUCAGAGGCUUUUGGCAUUUUUUAAGUUUUUGCUUCGUGUAAAUGCUGCUUUUGCAAGACAGAGUCAAAGUAAUUAAGGCAGGCUCAGCCCUUGGCAAUAACUUCAUCAGCCCAGUAGUUUGGAACAAAUGAGGAAAAGGAACCAACUUUAUCCCACUUUAUGAAAGCAUCCCUGCCAGGAGAUUUAGGAGUCAUCCAUCCUCUUCUACCCCCCCCCCCCCCCAAAAAAAAUAUGCCCAGGAAAAUCAUUCUUUAGUGCUCAAAUGGUAAUUCGAGCUUGCUGGUGGGCAGUUCCCUGGGAAAGGAGCAGGGCAAGAGGAAAACUGCUCAGUGUGGAGGAGGCCUUAGAGGCAGUUCUGACACAUUUAUAAUCUGCCUUUAACCAUGUGUAGAUGGCUUUAGUACUAAUGACUUCAGGUACUUUCGUAUGGCAACUUUGCAUUGCAAAUGAGAAUAUUCAGAUAUUGCACCUGGGUUAUUGGCAGCAAUGUUUUAAGCAACAUCAGAUUUCCUCCAUAAAAGUUAAAUUUGGGUUAAAGGGAGGUGGUUCAACAUUUCUAUGCUGAUGUUGCAUAACAAUUUGUUGUAUGUUUUUAUGCCGAUGUUGUAUGAACUCUGUAGAAACACCCCCCCCCUUUGCAUAAACACCCGUCCUUCAUCCUUAAACAGCAUACAGUAUGAUAGGGGACAUUGGGCUGCAACCCUGUACACACUUAAUAGGAUCAGGUUGCUUGAAUAAAUCUUUAAUAGUGUGUCCUUCAUCAGUAUAGCCAACCUGUUGAAUGCAGUGAGAUUCUGCAUUUAUUUUACAAUUAUUUACUGUAAUAAAACUUGAAAGCAGCUUAUGAAAAGAAUAACGUAAUGAAAUAAGCAGUAAAAAUAUGUGAAAGCAAUUAUUUAAAGCAUUUUUUAAAAAAUUAAAUCAACAGUAAGUAAAAAACCAGAUUAAAGCACAUGUCAACAUUCUGCAUGUCAGGAUAGGCCUUCCCCAAACAAAUAUUGUUUCGGGGAAACUAUUCAGAACAUACGUUUGUCCCUCUAAUAGUUAAAACCACCUUCAAACACUCCAUCACUCCCUCCCUUGCAAUCUAGUUCCCCGUGAGGCAACCACUUCCUGAUUGCAAAAAGGAGACACACCCCUCUCUGUAAGCAAAACUAAACUUUGUUCCUCUGCGUUGCAGCUAGUAGACGCCAAUGGCUGCGCCGAACCCAGAGAAAAGCCUCCAGGAUGAAGCCACCUGUUCCAUCUGCCUGGAUUAUUACCAGAACCCUAUGAUGGUCAUCGACUGCGGCCACAACUUCUGCCGGGACUGCAUUGCCCAGUGCUGUGAAGGCUCCAUUGCCAACGUGUUCUCCUGUCCGCAAUGCAGAAAACCCUUCCCUUGGCAGAACCUGCGGCCAAACAGGCACCUGUGGAAUAUCGUUGAGCUGGCCAUGCAGUUCAGCAAGCGGCGAGCCAAGGAGUCAGGAGAGCAGACACUCUGCAAGAAACACCAGGAGCCGCUGAAGCUCUUCUGCGAAUACGAUCAAACGUCCAUCUGCGUGGUUUGUGACCGGUCCAAGCUGCAUAAAUAUCACAGCGUGAUUCCUAUAGAGGAGGCCGCUCAGGUUUGCCAGGUAACGUGAGUGGCUGAGAGGGGCUCGUAUUUUUUUGGGGGGGGGGGAGAGAUUUUCAAUCACGUUUUUUUGUAAUUGCUAAAAACAAUGAUGUUUGAUUCUCAAGGGGAGGGUCAGUUAACAGCCGAGCUUGUUGAAAUGAGAGCACAGGAAGGGAAGGGAAGCCGUUAUUGGGGGUCUAAGGAUUGCACACACAGGAAGGGGCAGGGAAGGGAAGACCUCUCCAGGUGAGAGCUGGGGGGUCCGGCACUUUCUGUGUGAGACAAGGGGAAAGAGCUGCUUUUCAUAGCAUCAUGCAAUUUUGAAGUUGGAAGGGACUCCAAGGGUCAUCUAGUCCAACCCUCUGCAACGCAGGGAUCUCAGCUGAAGCAUUCAUGACAGAUGGCCACCCAACCUCUGCUUAAAAACCUCCAAGGAAGGAGAGUCCACCACUUCUCAUGGGAGUCUGUUCCACUACCAAACAGGAAGAGGAUUCUACUUUCAGUUUCUGUUUUGCUGUACAGUAGUUUGUUUUACCUUAUUGUAUUAGGAAACGGCUUUAAUAAAAUCUUAUUUUUUUAAAAAAGAAACAAUGGAACAAACUCCAAAUCUUAUUUUUAAUACAUUUUUAUUGAUUUUUUAACUAUCAGUUCCAACAGUCAUACAACAGAUCUUCUCAUCUUAUACAAUAUUUUAGACUUUUGUCAACACCUCUGAUGAUUUUCCGUUCUUUAUCACUUAUUCUGCUUUUCUUAAUUGCUAUAUUGCAUUUAAUUGUCCUUAACUAAUAUUUCUCUUCGUAGUCCUUCUUGUAAUAUUUCAAAUAAUCCACCUUAAAAAACUUCUUGCAGUCCUACUAGCGUAAUGUGUUCAUCAGAAUUACUUUUCAAAUAGUUCAUAUAUUUACUCCCGUCCUCUAAGAAUCUCUGAUCCCGCAGGUUUCGAAUCCUUCCUGUUAAUUUAUCUAAUUCUGCAUAGUCCAUCAACUUAAUCCUCCAUUCUUCUUUCGUCCGGAACAAACUCCAAAUCAGUGGGGGUUCUUGGGGGUGGGGACAUCUUAGAAGAACUGGAAAGCAACCAGGAUUCAUGUAUUGGUACAUAUGAAACAACUUAUUGCCAGGUUAGUCUGUCUAGCCCUAUAUUACCUGCCCCAUCUGACAGUAGCUCUCCAGGGUCUCUGCAGGGAUCUUCCCCCUUAACCUGCUGUCUGGAUCCUCUGUCUCCAGAGAACAGAGGCCUUCUUACCCUUCUCCAUCAAUCCUGGUCUGUUGUUUCCUCGCUGUCUAUUUUAAGCUAUAAGAUCUUUGGGAAAUUUGGGGUCACCUGCUGCCUGUCUCUUUGGAAGGUGCGACGUACUUCAAUAAGAUAGCGCUCCUGCAAACGGCUAAUGUUAAACAGUCAAACUCGGGUCCCCAACCGUUGUUGGACUACAACUCCCAUCAUCCUUGACCAUUGGUCCUGUUAGCUGGGGGUGAUGGAAAUUGUAGUCCAGCAACGGCUGGGGACCCAAAGUUGUGUUAAAUUAGGCGUGGCCAAACUUGGCCCUCCAGCUGUUUUGGGAUUACAAUUCCCAUCGUCCCUGACCACUGGUCCUGUUAGCUAGGGAUGAUGGGAGUUGUAGUCCCAAAACAGCUGGAGGGCCAACUUUGGCCAUGCCUGUAUUAAAUCAAGGGGAUCAAGCUUUGCAACUCCCUGAACAAGCCCCUCCCAAAUUGUCACUUUCUUGCUGCAGCUUCUUAAUUUUUGCCUAAUUUCACAGAGAGGCUGUCAUUAAAGACCUAUAGGCCUGGGAUUGGGGGGACAGGACCCUGUGACUUUCCAGGUGUGCUUGAACUGCAACUCCCAUCAUCUGCAGCGGGCACAUCCAGUGACCAGGGAUGAAGGUGGUUUUCAAGCAGAGGUUGGAUGGCCAUCUGUCAUGGGUGCCUUAGCUGAGAUUCCUGCAUUGCAAGGGGUUGGACUGGAUGACCCUUGAGGUCCCGUCCAAUUCUAUGAUUCUAAGGGAGCUACAGUUGGUUAGAGCACAGUGCUGAUUACACUAAGGUCUCAGGUUUGAUCCCCAUAUGCAGGCAUAGGCAAACUCCGGCCCUCCAGAUGUUUGGGACAACAAUUCCCAUCAUCGCUGUUAGCUAGGGAUGAUGGGAAUGGUAGUCCCAAACAUCUGGAGGGCCGGAGUUUGCCUAUGCCUGCUAAUAUGGGACAGCUGCGUAUUCCUGCAUUGCAGGAGAUUUGACUAGAUGAUCCUCGGGGUCUCUUCCAACUCUACAAUUCUAUUAUUCUGGCAGUCCACAGAAUUUCCCAUUCCUGAUAGAGUCAUACCGUGGGUUACAGACGCUUCAGGUUGCGUUUUUUCGAGUUAUGGACACACCAAAACCCGGAAGUACCGGAACGGAUUACUUCCGGGUUUUGGCGGUCGGGCAUGCGCAGAAGAGCUAAAUUGUGCUUUGCGCAUGCGCAGAAGCGCCAAAUCACAACCCGCACAUGCGCAGAUGUGGCGCUGCGGGCUGCGAACGUGCCUCCCACACGGAUCACGUUCGCAACCCGAGCGUCCACUGUAUAGGCUAGACUCGAAUAGGCCAAACUUUAUUUCAACAUAUAAAAAAAUUGUCCAGUAGCAAACCCCCAUAAUUCCUUGAUGCUUAUCCCAGGGUGUGUCUCCCAAAAUAUUGCCACCAAAGCAACAAGCACAAUCAAUGCAUUAGGAAAAGAAAGGGUUUAAGAAACUUUAAAACCUGUCUGGUGCUUGAACACUACAAAUACAGAAAACCAAACAGCAUCUGAGUAUCUAAGCGAGUGGGUGGAGGCUGGAAGAAAUCGGUCUUAUUUGAAGAUUGUGUGUGAAAUAUGCCAGAGGAGCAGUUUUAGAUUAGUUAUCCAGCACAGAUGCAAAUUUGCAAUCUGAUGGGAUUUAGAUGUUGUUACAGCGCUGCGCUUAAAUAAUUCUCUCUUGCAUGUGUAGCUGCUUAUUUGAGGAGAAUACGGUGAAUGGCUCAAAAACUGUGUUAUUCGUGUCUGUCUUAGGAGAAAAUAAAUCACUGCUUGCAAACUCUGAAAGAAGAGCGAGACAAGAUUUUAUCGUUUAAAUUAGAUGCAGAGAAGCCAAGCCAGGAUCUGCUGGUAAGUGCAAGCAGAUUACAUCUUCACCAUUAGCAACACCAUUACAUCUUCACUUGGUUUUUAAUUUGUAUAUGGCGUUUCUACAUUUCUGUGUUGGGAAUGUCAGCUCUGCAUGUGUUAUCCAUGUAGAGUGCCAAUUUUUAGCUACAGGUGAUAAACUGAUAGUCCUGGGCUUCUGUUUGAUCUGUUUCAGUAAAGUGUACACCUGGAACUGAUGUGGGUUCAGUUCAGAUUUUAUAUAACAGCAAUGAAUCAAUUUGUAUACAGGAGCAAAUCUUUUGAGUAUCUAUUUUUAUUAAUGUUUUAAUGUUUGACAUUUUACGUUUUUGUAUGUGCUGGAAGCCGCCCAGAGUGGCUGAGGAAACCCAGCCAGAUGGGUGGGGUACAAAUAAUACCAUUAUUAUUAUUAUUACUAUGAUUAAUGCUCCUUUUAAUAAUACAUGCAUAUAUAUAUACUCUCACAAGACAUAUAGAUAACCUAAGGUGAGCAAUAAUAGUACUUAAAACUUUUCUUGUUACAAAGUCUAGAUUCUUAAGAAUCUAGAUUCUUAAGAAUCCAGUGGUACCUCUGGAUGCGAAUGGAAUCUGAAGCGAACGCAACCCGCGUCUGCGGGUCACGAUUCACCGCUUCUGCGCAUGUGCGUGACGUCAUUUUCAGCGUCUGUGCAUGUGCGCGCGGUGAAACCCGGAAGUAACACGCUCCAUUACUUGGGGUCGCUGAAGCGACCAUGUUCCAAAGUGGUUCUAUGUUUUAUAAAAACAAACCUUUCCACCUGGUGCAUUAAGUUGAUACCUAUUGUCCCCCAAAGUGUUAUGACCUUGCUUCAUGCACCUGUGAACUAGCCCUUGGCAGCUGGAUUCUGAAAGUAGCAACUUUACAAGAGCAUCUAAUUAUAAUCUGUUGCUGAGUUUCAAUUUCAGCUGGUGUUUCACAACACCAGUCCAAGGUCAGCUUCUCUUUCUGCAGAAGAAGACAUGGCAACACACAUCUACAACAACUCGGUGCAACACCAUUUUGCAUUAUAUGCAAUGGAAGCAGCCUGGGGAAUAGCUAGAUUUUGACAUUACAAAGCAGGCGCAAGGACCUUUUAGCCCUGUAGAUGUUGCUGAGCUACACUUUCCAUCAACCAGUGGCCAGGGAUGUUGGGAGUUGUAGUUCAGCAACUUCUGGUGGGUCAAAGGACACCCGUGCCUCUCGCAGAGACAUUUGCUGUGGGUUAAACCACAGAGCCUAGGACUUGCCGAUCAGAAGGUCGGUGGUUUGAAUCCCCGCAACGUGGUGAGCUCCCAUUGUUUGGUCCCUGCUCCUGCCAGCCUAGCAGUUCGAAAGCACGUCAAAGUGCAAGUAGAUAAAUAGGUACCACUCCGGCGGGAAGGUAAACGGCGUUGCCGUGCGCUGCUCUGGUUCGCCAGAAGCGGCUUAGUCAUGCUGGCCACAUGACCCGGAAGCUGUACGCUGGCUCCCUCGGCCAAUAAAGUGAGAUGAGCGCCACAACCCCAGAGUCGGACACGACUGGACCUAAUGGUCAGGGGUCCCUUUACCUUUACCAUUGGAACACACGAAAUGGUGUUUCAUGUGUCAAUGUGCUUUCCUAUGGGUGGGUAAAAAAUAUUACAAAUAAAUAAACCAGUGUUCCCCCUCCUCCCACUGUUUGCACCUGUCCCAAUCAGGCAGAAACUGAAGCCGAGAGGGAGAAGCUUGUGUUGGAAUGUCAGCAGCUCCGCCAGUUUCUAGAGAAAGAAGAGCAGCUCCUCUUAACCCGGCUGCAGAAGCUGGAGAUAGAGAUUGAGAAGAAGAAGGAAGAGCAUGCAGCUAAAUUUUCUGAGGAGAUUUCCCAUAUCAACACCCUAAUUGGCGAGCUGGAGCAGAAGGGUCAGGAGCCACCAGGUGGGCUGAUGCAGGUAACGCAAAUAAUAAACUACUGUAAUUCGCUCUACGCAGGGCUGCCCUUGAAGCUGUCCCAGAAACUCCAGCGGGUGCAGAAUGCUGCAGCGAGGCUCCUCACAGGGUCUCUGCCAUGGGAGCAUAUUCACUCAGUGCUUUUCCAGCUGUACUGGCUCCCGGUGGAGUACAUGGUCAGAUUUAAGGUGCUGGUUUUGACCUUUAAAGCCCUUCACGGCCUAGGACCCUCGUACCUACGGGACCGCCUCUCCCAGUAUGCCCCACGGAGGACUUAAGGUCCAUAAAUAGCAACACCCUAGAGGCCCCGGGCCCUAAGGAAGUCAGAUUAUCUUCAACCAGAGCCAGGGCCUUUUCAACACUGGCUCCGGCCUGGUGGAACGCUCUGUCUCAUGAGACCAGGGCCCUGCGGGAUCUGAUUUCUUUCCGCAGGGCCUGUAAGACAGAGUUGUUCUGCCUGGCCUUUGGCUUGGAGUCAGUUUGAUUCCCUCCGCCUCUUUCUUUUUUCCUCCUGUGAUGAGGCUGCAUUUUAAUGUUUGAAUGUUGUAUUUUAAUCUUGUUUUUAAGUUGUAUUCAUUCAACUUGUUUUUAUUAUUGGUUGUUAGCCGCCCUGCGCCCAGCCUUGAAUGGGGAGGGCGAGGUAUAAAUGAAAUUUAUUAUUAUUAUUACUAAAUGCCAUUAUAUAAGAGCCAUAGCACAGUGAUCACACACGCAGAAGAAAGUCUUGGCUUCAGCCCCCGUCAUCUCCAGGUAGGACUGUGCUGGAGGGGAGGCUUUGCCUGAAAUCUUGGAGAGUUGCUGCCAGUCAGAGUAGACCAUAUUGAGCUAGAUGGACCAAUGGCCUGAUAGGCACAGGGCAGCUUUCCUUUGUUUGGAAGAAGAGUUUGGACUUGAUAUCCCGCUUUAUCACUACCCGGAGGAGUCUCAAAGCGGCUAACAUUCUCCUUUCCCUUCCUCCCCCACAACAAACACUCUGUGAGGUGAGUGGGGCUGAGAGACUUCAGAGAAGUGUGACUGGCCCAAGAUCACCCAGCAGCUGCAUGUGGAGGAGCGAAGACGCGAACCCAGUUCCCCAGAUUACGAGUCUACCACUCUUAACCACUACACCACACUGGCUCUCUUGUUCCUAGUUAUUUCCCAUUUGGUUGCAUCCUCCUCCUCAUUUGGCCUUCUCACCCCUCUCACCACAUUCCUGCAGUGGUGCAUUGCUGCAGGGUUAACACCUUUCCCGAUCUCUGGAAGCCCAGUAUUUUGAACCUGGGGGAAAAGACGACCUGAGUUUCUGCUGGUGGUGUGUGUCCAAAGCAGGGCCUUCUUCCCCCUCAGCAGAGCAAGAUCUUAGCCAGUGCUGUGUUGUUUGUUGGCAUCCAUCUGUCUCAAGAGACAACGGAGUGCGUCUCUGAGGAGGAGGAGGAGUUUGGACUUGAUAUCCCGCUUUGUCACUACCCGAAGGAGUCUCAAAGCGGCUAACAAUCUCCUUUCCCUUCCUCCCUCACAACAAACACUCUGUGAGGUGAGUGGGGCUGAGAGACUUCAGAGAAGUGUGACUAGCCCAAGGUCAUCCAGCAGCUGCAUGUGGAGGAGCAGGGAAUCGAACCCGGUUCACCAGAUUACGAGUCCACUGCUCUUAACCACUACACCACACUGGCUCUGGGGGUGAAGUCAAACCUGGCAGUGUGUAUGAAGGUCCUGGGCUGCCCAGACGACAAGAUUCCCCCAGUCUCGGCCUCACUGAUGUGGUUGAAAGGAAAGCAGAGCAAUACGUUUGGCACCUGCUUGGCUGCAGGAGUUGCCAGAAGGAGGCGUACAAGGUGCCUUAGGGACUCCACUCCAAUUUGUGUAGGUUUUACUCCAGGGGUAGGCAACCUAAGGCCCAUGGGCCACAAGCGGCCUAUGGGGGUUGUUUAACCGGCCCAUGAGCCACCCCCGAACCGAGCCACCCGCUCGGCGAGUCCCUGCGCCCUGCGCUAAACUGGCACAGCACAGGGACUCACUUCCACGGUGCCGGAAAUUGCGUCUGCGGAGAAAUCGCGGGCUUACGUGCGAGUGCAAUCUGGCCAAGGGAGGGAUCUCCGCUGGAGUGAACCAGCCCAGGCGAGGUAAACCUUUCUGACCCCUGGUUUACUCCUUGGGUUUCUCUUCUCCCAAAGAUAUCCCGCAAGGCAGUAGGUAUUGUGCUAUGCCUCCACAAAGAGACUGAAUGAAUUGGUUUGCUAAUGCCGCCAAACUGAAACGAAUGCUUUGAGGGUUGAAAGCAAAAUGAGCUGGGAAGAUGCUAGGUACUUGAUGCAGCAACCUUUUGGUGGCUGGGCAUGUCUGGGCCUGGUCAGUGCCUGGAUUAGGGGCCACCAGGGAAACCUACAAAUGCCGUUUUGAGUUUUAGGAUGUAAGGAAGGCAGGAUAUAAGAUGAACCCCUGUAGAAAUUAAUUCCAAAUGUGACGGGUGUUGGACUGGAUGACCUAACCUCUCUGUCUUGUCUCCUCUUUUUUCUCGCUAGGAUAUUGGAAGUAUCUUCAACAGGUAUGAGGCCGUUCUUCCUGUUGCCAUUUCUCCACCCUUCACAGAUGGCAAUUCUAGUAAUGUUCUGCAUGCAUGCCAGGAUCAAAAGCAGUAUGUCUCAGUAGGAGAGUGUGAUUGUGCUCAUGGUCCUGGUGGCAGCCUUCUCCAAAUCAUCUGCUUAGGAGGGAAUGCUGCCUUUUUUAUAUAUACAACAUUUUUUAUUUAUUUUUUCCAGUUUGUACAUCUCAAAAUAAACAUUUUACAUCAUGCCAUGAAACAAUGGGCUUAACCUCCUUCGCUUUUCAUGGUUCAUUUUACUUACCUAUCGUUCCUGCAUAUUUCACUGUAACCAAUCUAAUCAUUUCUCCAUUUUGCAUCCUCCAAAUAUUUACCGUGCUGUUGAAUUUAUCUAGAUACUACCAGUGUUUUCAAUUGUACAGUUAUUUUCUAAAUAUUCGGGUAGGGGGAUUCCACUCCUCUUUGAAUAAAGAUUCUUCUUGCUCUCUUAUUCUAUAAGUUAAACCUGCUGCUUCCACAAAUUCUAUCAUCUUAAUUUGCCAACCUUCCUAACUAGGGAUCUCGCUCACUUUCCAUCUUUGGGCUUGGACUACAUAGGCCGUUGGUCUGAUCCACCGGGAUGCUUCUUGCAUCCUUCCCGUUCUACCUAGAGUAGAAUUUUCACUAGCAUGUGCCCCUAGCACACCCCUAACCCCAACCCCAAAGUUGCAAAGCCAUUGGCCAAGGUUGUAGUUCACCUUCCGUCAGCUUGGCCAGCUGUUUACACUAUGUAGAUGCAUUCUGCGCCUGAUGUUCUGAGAAGCUGCAAGUGAAUAAAGAUUUCUUUUCAUGCGGUUUCCUGUUUGUCAAACCUCUAGGUGCAAGAGGGGCAAAUUUCAGUUUCCUACUCCACCUGAUUCUUCGGAGCUCAGUACAGUGCUUCAGGAAUUCUCCAAAGAGAGUGCUUCACUGCAGGGCAAACUGAGGAAAUUCAGAGGUACUAAAUGGGUUUCUGAAGCUGAUUGUUGAGGUGGAAAUUUUACUGUUGUUCUUAUUUAGCUCUUUUUCCAGGCGAUCAGUGAACAUUUGUCCCAAUCACAUUUCGCCUUUGUACAAUACCCACCAUUAAAAUACGGGCGCUGGAUUCAGAAUAACAUAGUCAUUCUUUAGUGGUUGAAAUUUUUGGGAUUAGAUUGUGAUGACUAACUUGUCCCUUUGAUUUCAAGGAUCUUAAUGCAUGAUGGCCUGGAUCCAUAGGGCUACAAUAUUGUGAGCUUGCUAGUUUACUUGCUAUCUGCUAAUAAUAAUAAUAAUAAUAAUAAUAAUAAUAAUAAUACUAUCAUUGCUGUAAAUGUGUGCUUCAAGGCUUGAUGCCUACAAAGGAGAGAGAAAUUAGAAGUGCAGUUGGGUAGCUGUAGAUUUCCAAAGUGAUAAUACUCCUAAGGCUUUAGAAUGGUGCAUGUGAAUUAAUGGUGUAUUAAUAUACGAAGUUCAUUUGUUGCUAAAUAUAACACAUUAACGAAUCACAGAAGUUUGCAUAUGCUUAUCCUCCUUUUCUUCCUCUAGAGACUUUGGAUGAACAAAAGUGGAUAAAUGGUAAGUCCCCACAGAUUCUGGAUAUCUCACCGUAAAGAUGGAUUCAUGCCUUUUUGUAUUUAAAAAAAGAAAAGAGGCAACCUGUGGUUUUCUAUAUAUUGUUGGACCACAACUCUCCUCUUUCUCAGCCAUGCUGGCUGAGACUGAUGCGAGUCUCAGAUCAGGAGGAAUGCUCAAUAAAUAGGCCGCCUUCAGAAACAACCAUCUGCAGCAGAUGAACAGUUACUUGUUUUAUACAGUGGUCUUUGGGAAAGGUUCAUGGAGCUUGGCCCCAUGCCUGACAGUUGCAUUUGAUCUCUUGCAUCUGAAGGAGCGUCUCCACCCACAUCGUUCUACCCGGACCUGAGGUCCAGCACCGAGGGCCUUCAGGCGGUUCCCUCACUGCGAGAAGCCAAUUUACAGGGAACCAGGCAGAGGGCCUUCUCGGUAGUGGUGCCUGCCCUGUGGAACGCCCUCCCAUCAGAUGUCAAAGAGAACAACAACUACCAGACUUUUAGAAGACAUCUGAAGGCAGCCCUGUUUAGAGAAGCUUUUAAUGUUUGAUGUAUUACAGUAUUUAAAUAUUUUUUUGGAAGCCACCCAGAGUGGCUGGGGAAGCCCAGCCAGAUGGGUGUGGUAUAAAUAAUAAAUUAUUAUUAUUAUUAUUAUUAUUAUUAUUAUUAUUAUUUAUUACAGAGAACGUGACACUGGACCCCAUGACGGCUCACCCUCGAUUUGUUGUGUUUGAUGGUCAGAAAGCUGUCGCAUGGGGCUCUGUCCGCCAGGAGCUUCCCUACAGCACCCAACGAUUUGACCCCACCCGCUGCGUGCUUGGCUGUCAAGGAUUCACCUCAGGGAAGCAUCAUUGGACAGUGGAUGUGAGCAAGGGAACUUUCUGGGCUGUGGGUGUAGCCAAAGAAUCUGUGAAGAGGAAAGGACAGCUGAAUAUCGUCCCUGAGGAGGGAAUCAUGGCUGUGGGUUUUAACAACGGUCAGUACAAAACCUUAACGUCGCCCCCAACCAUUCUGAACCCAAGUAAACACCCUAAAAAGAUUCAGAUCCGUUUGGACUAUGAAGGAGGAACGGUGGGAUUUUUUGAUGCGGAAGAAAACAAGCGCCUUGUUCUCUUUAGUGUCAAAUUUGUGUCAAAAAUAUUUCCUUUCUUCCGAGUUGGGGACAUGAACACUGUGCUCCGCCUCUGUUAAAUUAUAUCUGUUCUUCUGUUGGACUUGGGUCUUUGGCCCUUCCAACAGUGAAGUCAACAUAACUCUCUCUGGCUGUAACACACAAUACUGAGCUUCAACGCGGUUAAUACAACAGCUGCUUUUGACUUGCCUUAAUUCCCUUAUCAGGUUACUAUAUAUUCUGAAUGGAGACUGGAGCCUAGGCUUACAGAAUGUGAGAGACCCAAAUGCAUACACCAUUUAAAACUACUUCGUAGAUAUAACUUGUAGUAUGUUUUAGCAACAUCUUUGUCUCUCCCGGCUAUAUUCCCUCUCAUUUGGAUACAGAUUCCAAAGUACAACAUUUGUACCCCUCAUAUGAACUGCGAGUGGUACAUCUCUUUUAAACUGCAGCCUCUCAGAAAUACACGGAAUGGUGAUCAGACAAGAAUGGAGAUCCAGCUUGUGGACAUAUUGCUGUGAAAAAUGGGAAUUAAAAGUGUGUAUGUGUGUAGGUACAAAAUCGAUAUGAGGUGUGUGUACAGGUAUUUUGCAUUUGGAUAUUUGUACCCAAAUGAAAGCAGUUAUUGCAAGAUAAAGCCAGUAGUUAAGGGUUGAGUGCAGUCAAUUUAUCCAAGCUAAGCUGAAACCAAGAAAGACGGUGAAAAUUGAUAAGAAAAGUGGUGCUUUGUAAUUUUAACAUGGUAAAUACAGGGAUACAGGAGAUCACCUUGGUUUUCAAUUGAGAUCUGUUUAGGAUGCCUUGUUAACGUACCUUGCAAAUUUUUACAUUCUGGGAAAAUAUUUUUUUUUAAAUUGCAGACUUUUAAAAAAAAGUAGAGUAAAAGUUUAUCCAAAUUUGCGUAAGUAUUUUAAGAAUUCUUUUUUACUUUUACUUUUUUAUAUAGAAUGCUGGAAUGAAAAAGCACAGGUGACAGGAAACGUUUAGGUACUGGGUUGUCAGAAUUAUUUGCUCUGCCCUGUACCUCUUUGCCAAAACUUAAUAAAUGCUGACAUCUCCUUAAAUAUGUUGCCGUCCUUUACUCCAUAAAUACAAUAUUGGUCAACUUAAAUAGCCAUUCUGCAACCUUCUACAAUCGGCUCCUUUUCAUCUGGAGGCUGUUUCAGUUCUUGCCCCAUUUAAAACACUUGCUGUUUUCUCUUUCCUUGAGUGGUUCAGUCUAUAACUCGCAAAUGCCAAUCCAGAGGAAACUUGAUGAAUGUUUGCUGCAAUUUGGUGGCAAACAGCGGGUUUUCCCAGGGGAAAGCAGCAGUGUGGGUGUGCCCAUGGUUAGAGUCUUCCAAUGUAGGCGUAAAGGUAAAGGGACCCCUGACCAUUAGGUCCAGUCGUGACCGACUCUGGGGUUGCGGCGCUCAUCUCGCUUUAUUGGCCGAGGGAGCCAGCAUACAGCUUCCGGGUCAUGUGGCCACCAUGACUAAGCCACUUCUGGCGAACCAGAGCAGCGCACGGAAACGCCGUUUACCUUCCCGCCAGAGCGGUACCUAUUUAUCUACUUGCACUUUGAUGUGCUUUCGAACUACUAGGUUGGCAGGAGCAGGGACCGAGCAACGGGAGGCUCACCCCGUCGUGGGGAUUCGAACCGCCAACCUUUUGAUUGGCAAGUCCUAGGCUCUGUGGUUUAACCCACAGCACCAUAAUUAAUGGAACGCGGAACCAUGUAUACCGAGUAGAUCUCACCUUAGCACUGAAGAGGCUUUUAUUUAUGUUCAUUUAAACAAAUAUUCAAGAUUAACGACACAUCUUUCACUAAAAUCUUGGACAUAAUCACUUUAGGCAAAUCAAGAAUGCUACAGUAUCACUGUCCGCCGUCUCAUUACUCCGGUCCUCGUGUGACUCUCAGUACGUCUUGUGUUUGGGGGACGGUUGGACAAAUUGCUUAAAAAUGAAAACUACCCAAACAUAGUGAAUCCAGUCAGUGGAGGAGAUUUGAAUUGGUAAACACCAAAGGUGCUCUUGAAUGCUUUUACCUGCAUGCAAUCCAGGGGGAGGCCGACCCACAAAUAUUCUUCCUUAGCUAUCGCAUUUGAAGGCAGUGGCAUAGAAUCAGAGCAACACUUCCAUGGUUAACGCUUCCUCUGAUAUUGCCGCUGUUAGCUGUCAAACUAGCUGCUGAUGGUGGCAUCACAGAGCGAGGGUCAUCCUCUGGUUUUGAUUGCCUGUUUUAUUCAUGCUCAAGGACGCCUUGCAACCUUCAUCCUGUCCAUUUGCUCCUCUGCGAAGGGACAGCAGUUCGCCAGCUGCCCAUGCUUUUCCUGCUGAAAUUUGAUGAUGGCGGUGAUUUAACUUAUAUGACUCCCACCUGGCUGGGUUGUCCCAGACACUCUAGGCCCAGGGGUCAGCAAGCUUUUUCAGCUUCCCUCAGACCAUGUGGCAGGCCGGACUAUAUUUUGAAAAAAAUAAUAAUGAACGAAUUCCUAUGCCCCACAAAUAACCCAAAGAUGCAUUUUAAAUAAAAGCACACAUUCUACUCAUGUAAAAACACCAGGCAGUCCCCACAAACAACCCAGAGAUGCAUUUUAAAUAAAAGGACAUUCUACUCAUGUAAAAACACGCUGAUUCCCAGACCGACCGUGGGCCGGAUUUAGAAGGCGAUUGGGCCGCAUCAGCCCCCGGGCCUGAGGUUGCCUACCCCUGCUCUAGGUGGCUCCCCACAAAAUACUUAAAAGCACAGUAAAACAUAAAAUGAUAGAUGCACACACCCCAUCCCCAGUGCAUAAGCAGAGAUGACUUUUGAGGUGCCUUCCAAGUCCGCUGUGUCAUGCCUUGCUUGCCCGUUAAGCCUCACACAAGGAAGGUCUCAGGGGCACAGUCGAAGCCAGCAUCCCACCCCGACCUGCAGGAAAGGGAAGACCACCUCCCCGUUGAAAGCAGCGGAGGGGAAAGUGAAGAUGGGUGUCUUGUGGUUGACGUCAUGAAACGCCACUUGCCCCGUCUCAUAGUCCAAGUAAAUCCCAAGUUUCCUGGGUCUCUUCCGCAAAGACAGGGGAGUCUCGGGGACGGUGAGAGCUUGGUACUGGACCCGGCACUUCUCCACGGCCCAGAUCCCUUCGCUGGGGUCAAGGCUGAGGCACUCCUUCCUCCUCACGGAACCCCUUGCCAGCCCCACGGCCCAGUACCCCUCCUCGCCCACCUCGACUUCCCAGUAAUGCCUUCCUGAGGAAAAGCCCUCGCUUCCCAAAACGCAGCGCUCGAGGGUGAAUCUCAGGGGGCUGUCAGGCAGGCUGUGCCACGUGAAGCCUUGUAUGACGGUCUUCCGGUCCGCAGACAGGAUGAGCUCGUUGUUCGCUGUGUCCGGAUCCAGGGUUACAUUUGCUGCAGGGUGGAGAAGAUGAGAAGGAAAGAGGUCACGGAAGGAAGGAGGGCAAUAUCAGUGUUAACCAGACAGUGUUGCGGCUGAGGGCCAGCGUAACCAGUUGCACUGGCACGUGCUAUCUGCCUGCUGCCUUCUUGACUUAUUGGAAUAUUCUAGAAAGAAUUGGUCUUGAACAGGUUGCUAGGCAACAGAAAAAUCUCAUAACAGGAGCCUCUAUUAAGGGCAUGUGGUCAUUAAAGGUCAGAGUCAGUGUGUAAAUGAACAAAGUUGAAAACGAGCAAUUGAAUCUCAGAGUCGGAUGGAUAGAGGAGAAGGAAUUAUGUUGUUUUAUUUGACCAGUGUAAAUUUGUGUAAAUAAUAAAGAUUUUCUGUAAGAAGAAACUCUGCUGCAAGACUGAAUUAAAAGAAUACACCC